UGGAGGCUGGUCAGAUCAUGUGACUUUAACUUCCAGCGUACGACGAAGGCAGAUCUUCGCUGACAAACAUAUUAGAUUGACGUGUAACUGACUUUUGAAUAGAGGUUGACUGCCCUAGUACUUCUUUUGGGGAUGGAUUCUGAGAGUACUAAUGACGAGGAACCCCUUAUUAGCCGAGAUGACCCUCCAAAGGAUAGAUUCAAUGCAGUAUAUUGCAUAUUUUACAUUAUUGGCAUUGCCACUCUACUUCCAUGGAACUUCUUUAUUACAGCAAAACAGUACUUUGACUACAAGCUGAGGAAUUUGACAUUCACCAGCCUGAAUGAUUGGGAGAAUCCAUUAGAUGAAACUUCUAUGCAAAUUCAGUUUGAAAACUAUGUGUCAAUAUGUGCAAUGGUCCCAAACAUUCUGUUUAUGUUCCUCAAUGCAGCACUGACCAAAGUUAUUUCUGCGAAAGUUCGUUUGGUGUGUUCCUUCACGGUUAUGAUCAUAAUGUUCAUAGUAACUAUUGUGUUGGUCAAAAUAGACACUGAUACAUGGCAAACAGAGUUCUUUAUUGCUACACUUGCAAGUGUGGUGUUCCUAAACAUGGGUAGCUCUGUUCUGCAAGGAGCAUCUCUGGGGUUAGCUAGCCUGUUUCCAGAGGGCUAUACACAAGCUGUCAUGGGAGGAAUGGCAAUGGGAGGCACAUUUGCAGCUGUGGCUAAUGUGAUUUCUAUUGCAGCAGGUAGCAGUGCCACUCAGAGCGCAUUUUAUUAUUUCAUGUUGGCAGCAAUAGUGUUGAUUAUUGCCUUAAUAGCAUACCUGUCCCUUCCUUUAUUGAAAUUUGCAAGAUAUUAUUUAGAAAUUAAAGAUUAUCCACUAAAAGAAACAGUAGAAAGCAUAGAGCCCCAGCCUAACGGUGAUGUAAUGCCUAUUAACUAUGAUGGACCUGAAGAAAAUGAUGAAUCCCUGGAAAGUAUAAAUGGGAGCCAGCCCAUAGUAGAUCAUACUGUUCAUCAAAAGACUCAUUUUAGAAUAAUUCUGAAAAGGGUAUGGGUGCUUGGAACAUCUGUUUUAUUGGUUUUCUUUGUCACGUUAUCAGUUUUCCCAGCCAUCAUUUCUCACACAGAAUCGGUGGCAGGGCCCUCUGAAUCUCUCUCAUUAAAUGGGAAGUAUUUCACUCCAGUUGUGUGUUUUGUAUUAUUCAAUCUUGGAGAUCUUACAGGCAGGACAGUGGCUGGAUGGGUACAGUAUCCAAAAGAGAAGAGUGUUUUGUUACCCAUUCUGACAGUGCUUAGAAUAGGAUUUAUUCCACUCUUCCUCUUGUGCAAUUUCCAACCCAGAAAACAUGGGGUGCCAGUUGUAUUCGACAGCGAUGUGUAUCCAGUAGUUUUCAUUCUAAUUUUUGCUGUGUCCAAUGGAUAUCUUGGGACAUUAUGUAUGAUAUACGGCCCCAAGCAUGUCCCUGCAGGAGAUAUGGAGGCAGCAGGUGCUAUCAUGUCAGUGUUCCUCACAGUGGGGCUGGGCCUUGGAUCACUCUUCUCCUUUGCUCUAAUCAAAUUGGUCUGAAGUCCAUAUUCUCAGUUCUCAUUUGCAAAACCCUGGAUUUUCACCUCUCUGCAGGCUUGCCAUUUGGUCGUGUAUUCACACUAAAUUGCAUAGCAGUGGAUCAGUUUGCAUCAAUUUAGAUUUUAGUUUGUUUCAAUUUUGUAUCAGUUUCACCUGGAUUUUGAGAGUAGUGAGUGAGAUGUUAACUUACAGUCUCCAUUACUGAGGUGGGUUUAAUUUGUAAUACAGAGUCUACUACAGACCAAAACUCAGGGUUUGUUAUUUCAAAUAUGCCAAUUAUAUGCCUGCCAUAGAAAAGGGGUCCAAUUUGUCAUUUCAUCAGGAACAGCCAUGGGUUGUUGGACACCUUUGACAUAGUUUCUCAGAGAAGUUCUCCACAUGGAAGCAUUUAUCGAAGCAGAUUCGUAUGCUUACAUCAUGAGGUCCCACUAUUUAAGACUGGACCACUUAAAAGUGCGUCUUUUUGACUGGGACUCUUUGCUGCACUGAAUUGAAGUCUUCCAGUUACCAAUUAACAAUUACAGGUUUUUAACUGAGCAGCAAAGUAAUAUGUUUGUAGAUUUUGAUAUACUUUAUUCUUACAAUUAUGAAUUCCUCUUUUAUGAAAUCAUUUUGUAGAGAAAUUUGGAUCUUUUGAUAGUAUUCAUUGUACAUACUGAGGCAUACUUUCUCUUG